AUGCCUACCACCAAGAGAACUCCAGCCACUGCGCGAAUCGCUGAGACUCCUAAGGCUGGUCCCUCAUCGCAACUAUAUCAGACUCCUACGCCCCCGUCUUCUGAAACUGGAGAAAAAACAAAUGGAAAGACACACAAGCGUUCGCGAUCUGGCUGCUUUACAUGUCGCUUGCGCCGAAAGAAGUGCGAUGAAGCCCACCCUGCCUGCGGUGCCUGCAUUAAUCUAAAUGUCAAGUGUGAAUAUAAGCGUCCAAUGUGGUGGGGAAAUGCAGAGUCAAGGAGAGUCCAGAAGGAGCGCAUUAAGAACAGAAUCAAGCAGACCAAGACAAUUGAGCGCGGUGGACAGCGUGCCGAUCAACUUCGCAUGCGCCAUGAAUCGAUGUCUUCACCAUCCGAUUCUCUUGAUUACGACUUCGGUCGACCUGUCUUUGCCGAACCAAACGAUAUGUUCUCUUCGCAUAUUCCUACCCCAGGCUUGGGUACUGGUCCCUAUGGUCCUUAUGCUCCUCCAUAUGAGAUUGAUGUUAAAACUGAGCGCCAACUUUUUAUCAAUGAUGUCCCUACGCGUGUCGACUCCUCGACUUCGACUUUUAGUGCUUUUAUUCCUCCUCAGUUGAGUGCACCAUUGCCGACAUUUGGAGGUGAAGAAUGGUUUGGAGAUGAGUUUCUACCACCAAAUAGUCACAACAACUCAUUCAGCUCGGGAACAGUGGGAUCAGCUCAAUCAUCGAGUUUUGAUCGAUCUUCCACAUGGAACAUUCCAGUUAGCGACCAGGACCGUCCUCUUCUGGAUCACUUCAUCCAUAAUGUACUGCGCCAAAUCUUUCCUGUUCUGGAAGCCCAUCAGCGAGGUUACAUUCGGGCUCAGGCUAUUCUGCGUACCCUGGAGACUAAUAAGACUUACCUGCACUGCUGCUUGAGUGUUGCUGCUAUCCAUCUCAAGACUACUGAAGGAUUAGUUGGAGAUCAAAUCGACCAUGACAUCAUGCGCCACCGUUUCGAAGCCAUCUCUCAGCUGUGCAAAGCAUUGGGAGACGAUGCCAAUCACCAGGAGAUUCUCGAUGCUACUCUUGCAAUGAUUUUCUUCCAUUGCUCCGUCGGUCCAUCAGAUGACUAUCUUCCAGAUAUCCCAUGGUUCGACCACUUCCAAGCUGCUUCCAACCUAGUCAACAGACUUGAGCUUCCAUCUAAGCCAAUGGAAUCGGUAAAUGGAUUCAUGGUUCCUUCUUACAGCAUGUCUUUGACUUCCUGGAUCGAUAUCCUCGGAUCGACAAUGAGAGGCAAGACCCCUCAGUUCUCCCACACAUACCGAUCAAAGCAUCUGAGUGGAACCUCAUCUGGUCUGAAGGAGCUCAUGGGUUGCGAUGACAGAAUCAUGUACCUAAUUUCCGAGAUCGCCUGCCUUGAUGCCCUGAAGACCGAAGGCCGUCUCGAUGACAUGGCAACUUGCUCGCAUAUUCAGGCUCUCGCAAGUCAACUCGAGUACACUGAACCUGCCGAUUCAACAUUGGAGAACCCAUUCUCAGCAUCCACCGGUGCAAUCAUGCCCGAGGCUUUGACCAAGACAAUGACACACAUCUUCCGCGUGGCCGCCCGCAUUUAUCUGUGCAGUCUCGUUCCCGGUUUCGACCGCAAUCAACCCACCAACGAAAACCUGAUCUCAUCAGUUACCAAUGCUCUCCACUAUAUCCCUGCGGGACCACAUGGAUUCGACCGCUCUCUUGUCUGGCCAUUGCUAAUGACCGGUGUGUACGCUGCACCAGGAAGUAAAUUCAGAGAAGUGCUCGCAGACCGAGCCGCAGCAUUGAAUGACUACGCCGACCUCGGAAGCUUCGGUCGCAUGUACCGCCUUCUGCAGGAAGUCUGGCGACUCAGUGACGAUCCUGAUAACCACACAAGCUUUUAUAAUGAAGAAUUCAACUCCUCACUCACAAGCCCGAUCUCGAAGCUAUCUGAUUCCUCCAAGACCGGCGCUGGCGCCAUUCUUGGCGGGAGGGAAAUCAAGCGACAACAGGUUCACUGGAGAGAUGUGAUGCGGCGAAACAGUUGGCACUAUCUGAUCAUGUAG